GUUCGCGCGCCAGGGCGCGGCGCCCCCGCUGCAGACAAGCAAGAGCUCGGCGCGCUCCCGCAGGCGGCGACGGUCGUGGCCAGACGCCGUUGACGGGCGGCGCGCGUACGAGCACGGUGAAGGCGAAGGACACUGCGCAUCAGAAGGGCCGCCCGCAGCCGCAGAGCGCGGAGAUGGACGAGGACACGGAUAGCGAGACAGACAAUGGUCUCCAGGUCUCGCACAGCUUGGCACAACAGAAGCUUGCUGCGUUAGCGGAUUCGAGUCGGCGACGACAUUCGGAUCGUGGGCCGCCGCCGUCGCAGUCCGUCCGCCCUCAGAUCCCUAGCAUCGCGACGGCACCUAUCCCUCUUGGUCAUCCUUAUAACUUGCCCGCGCCUGCGCCACCCAUGACGCCGAGGACGACGCGCAGACAGAUGCUCUCGACGGAACUGUCAGAGAGCCUGCGUCGGAAUUUGCUGUGGGAACGGCAGGUAAGCAGGACUAGUAUGAUGGGUCCCAGGCGCAAUGGUCUCCUCGGCAAUGGCCUCCGCCCGCUCACCGCCGUCCACGACCAGCCGAGGAAUAAUGGCUCGGGAAGCAAGAGUGGGGAUGAGGACGAGACUAAGGAUGAACACAAGCAGCGCGCCGUCGCGCGUAAUCGGAGUUGGGCGGACGACUACCACUACGCAGGAUGGUAGUGUCGUCGGCGUCGACUUUCCCUCUUCGCGCAUUUUUCGUUCUGGUUCUAGUGUAUGAU